UCUUUUCCAAAUUUUCCUUCUCCCUGUAUUUUUGCAUGUUGCUGAAUUGCUAAUCAAUAAAUUUGCCUUGUUGCUGAUCUAAAUGUUGCUGUAACUUGAAUUUGUUGCUUCCCAGUAACAGAAUCAUAACAGAAUGCUCAGUCAGUGCUUGGUUGAUUGGCUUUGCUCACUGAUUGUAUUUGAUGAUAGAUUUUAAAUUUUAAAUUUGCACUGCCCAUUUUACUGAUUCACUGUUCCUUCAGUGUUUUUUUGUUGUUAAUCAUUGUGAUGAGCUUUGUUAAAAUUGGGUUGAAAAAUGUUAAUCUUUCUUCAUUUUUCAUUGUUCUUAACUUCUGUUCUUAUUAAAAAAUUGCAACUGGUGAUCUUUCAAUUUAUUAUAUGCUUCAUGUUUUUAAUUUCACUCUGCUUCUAGGCUUUGAAUCAGUUUAUGAUAACUGUGAUGCAAUUAUUUAUUUGGAUAACUGAUGUAAUUAUCGAGUUCAAGAGAUUGAGUUUUUCUGUUCUCAUUAUUAGUAAGACAUGGAUAGUUUAGAAUUUUCUAUUUCUUUCCCUUACUUCUGAAGUUCCUUAUUUCAAAAGGUUCAGUGUUGGCUUCAACUUUCAAAUGGGAAUUGGGAACUGGCGAAGAUAAUAACAUCUUCUGGAACUGAGUCUGACCUAGAAUUAUGCUAGUACACAGUGAUGUUUGUUCCAUUUGGCUGGACUCAGUGAGACAACUGGGAAAUGUUCUUUUUUGGUCUGAUUAACUACAAUAUUUAAACUUGUUAAUCAUAUCUUGUACAAUUCAGACAAAAGCAGGGCCUAUUUUGGUUGCCAUAAAUUCCUUCAAGAAAGUUCUUCUGUAUUGUAUUGAAGCCUACAAGCAUAAAAGAAUUAAAAGGGCCUGUUUUGUUUUACUUUUUGACUCAAUUACUUUAAGGCAAUAUUGUCUAUCUUUAACUUAUGCACUGCAAUUCAAUCCAGUUAUUUUUAAUGGAAGUAUAAUGAUGUUAAUUUUGCAUAUUUUGAUGAUUAAUUAAUUACAUUUAGUUGGUGAUAGACUGAUAGUUUGUGUAGGGUUUUAAAUUUGAAAGAUAUUUUAUGAUGUUUAUUUAUAAAUUUUAUUAUUUUAUUAUGGAAUGGUUUUUUCGGUUGAACCACAGUUAGACCGGUUAGACCAGUAAACUAGUGAACCAGUGACUAAAGUAGUUUGAUGACCGGUCCGGUUUUCAGAACCUUGCCCAGCUCACUCUGAUACCACAAAAAAAAAAAAAAAAAACGCAGCUCACUCCGUCCCUGGAAAGUGGAAACACGACGACGUAUUUCACCGAAAGAUCACCGUUGGGUUCGAUUGUUGCAGUGUCAGUGAGGGAUCAUGGGGUUUCGAAGUUCGCUGCCAUUUUCCGGGCUAAUAAGACAGCUUGAACAAGAGAUGGAAACUGUGAUUAAAGUAUUGCAGCCUGGACCCUUGGGAAUCAUAGAGCAUAAGUUUUCUGCUGAGGAGAUUCGUAAGGCUAAUGAUACUGUCUCUAAGGCUGUGGCCAAUUGGCGAACCAAUGCAAAUUUGCAUCACAAAAAUCAACUUUUGAAAGACUAUAUUCAGAAGUGAAAUAACUUCAAAGUGCAGGCAUAUUUUGGCUCUUACAUGUGAGGACAGUUUUAUUUUAGAUCCUCUAAACGUUUUUGAGUUUUGCAAAUUUCUUUCUGUACUUAUUUAUGAUGUUGUAUUAAACAUGUGAACUUUGGUACACAUAGCAUUAGCUAUUGAAUCAUGUUGACUAUUUCACUAUAAUGAAGAUCUUUAGUGAAUGAGGAGUGAGGUUAGUCGUUUUUCUUUUGUUAU